GCCAGUAGUAAACAGGGCUCCAAUAUCUUGCAGCCGGGAAACUAUCUCGUGAUAUGUGGUAAACCCCGCCCACUACGGCGGCGUCCCCAAUAGCAGCUCCAUAUCUACCCGCAGCCGGCGCGCAGUAACCGGACCGCUAUUAACGCUUCCAAUGCCGCUACCGGCGUCUAUAGUGUGUGCAGGCGGGAGUCGGACCUGGGGACUUAUAACGAGGGCAUUCAGCGUUUCUGGUAAACCUUCUCUCUCUACACACCGCAAAUGCCAUGGCGGCCCUGUUGCUUUGUCCUAUGACUUGUAUGAAGGAAAGGCAUCUGGACCACCCUUGGUUUUGCUUCAUGGAUUGUUUGGUAGCAAAUCGAACUUUCAGUCUAUUGCUCGAGCUUUGGUGCAACGGAUUGGUAGAAAGGUGUUGACACUAGAUGCCCGCAACCAUGGCAGCAGUCCACAUUGUGAUAUCAUCACGUACCCUGCGAUGAGUGAUGAUGUGCGUCAUCUUCUGCAACAGCUAAACAUUCCUAGAUGUGUCUUAAUUGGCCACAGCAUGGGAGGAAAGACUGCCAUGACCUUGGCACUGCAACAACCUCACAUGGUAGAGCGCUUAAUAUCUGUGGACAUUAGUCCUUCUACAACAUCUCCUCAGACCGGUUUCCCUCAAUAUAUUAAAGCUAUGCAGAAUGUACGUCUUGAAGGAGAGAUGCCAAGGUCUACAGCCAGAAGAUUGGCAGAGGAGCAGCUCAAUGCAAUAGUAAAGGAACCCUCUGUACGCCAGUUUUUGCUAACCAAUCUUUUGCAAGAAAAUGGUCAUUUUAAGUGGAGAGUAAAUCUUGAAGCCAUCUCAAACCAUCUCCAAGAUGUGCUAGACUUCCCUGAGUUUCAUUCAUCUUAUUCUGGACCUACACUCUUUCUGGGAGGAGCUAAUUCUCCAUACAUCAGUUCAGAGAACUAUCCUGAUAUAGAACGCCUUUUCCCAUGUGCAAAUGUGGAAUAUAUUCAAGGUGCAGGGCACUGGGUACAUGCGGAGAAGACCCAGGAUUUCCUCAAUGCCAUCUGCAACUUUGUAGAGUCAACAUAACAGAAGACAGAAUAUUCUGUAGAGCCAGUCUGUGAAAUAUAGUUCUAAUUGUCCCGUGAUCUGCCCUCUACGCUGGUGAAAAAAUGUUAUUGCAGUAUUAGGCUAUAUUCACACAACGGAAUUUCCGCAAAGCUUGCUGAACGGAAUUGUGGUGGAAUUUUAGUGGAAUUACUGGGUUCGCAGAACACAGAAUUCUGCCAAAAUUUAAGCAAAAUUGACUUCCAUUAGCAUUCUGCCACGGAAUUCCACAAAACAUUAAGACUGGUCUUCUAUUUUGUCGGAAAGCAGAAUUUCUGCAGUGGGCAUUCUGCUGUCUGAAUAGGACUGAUUAAAUCAAUGGGCAAUACAUUUCGGUGGACUUUCUGGCGGAAUUCUUCCAUGGAAUUUUGUGCAGAAAUUCUGUCGUGUGAACAUAGCCUUAUAAGGCUUACAAAUAAGGGUGUGGAAAGUUUAUCAAUGUUAAUGUUAAAUUGCAUAUAUUUGUUACUCAAAUUGGAGAUAUGUAUAUUCUUUUUUUUCCUUUUAGAAAUAUUGUGAUUUAUUAUGUUUUGUUUGGAAGACAUUUUUUUCCAAAUCAAUAGUCUGUCAUCAGUUUCUAAGAAACUUGUGCAUAAGUGACAACUAUAAGAGUUCCUUAUAUUUAAAUGUCUUUCUAUGGCACUGCUCUACACUGCUCUAUUGUAUACAUUUAUUUUGUCAUACUUUUAGUUUACCUGUACAGUUUAGAUCAGGGGUUUCAAACUCCCAGCCCACAGGCUAAUUGCAGCCCGUGGAGCAAAACUUUGCGGCCCGGGCGCCGGGCAGGUGAUUUCUUCGGGCAAGCAGUGCUAAAUGCCUUAAGACUUCAUUUACGUCGGCACACACUACUACUCUGCCUAUAUCUCCCUGCUGCAGCCUAUAACGAGCCUUCCUGGAGGGAUGCGCACGAUUGAUGACAUCAUUGCAUGCACAGGACGCAAACGUCCUGUGUGGCGCAUGUGAUGACAUCACCUAACCUGCGCAUCCCCGCAAAGAAGGCUCGUUUUAGGCUGCAUCAGGGAGAUGUAAAUACUGUAGCUGUGAAACUUAACUUGCCUAAUAAGGGAGGACCUGCUUAUCACCAGGGGCUAACCUAUCUUCUUAGGGGCCAUGAUUGUUUAAAUAGGAGCCCUACCUUCCGGAGGUAAUAUCUAUCUGGGUCGCUGUACACCUACUGGGAACCCUACCAGAAAUUCGGGUAAAGCUCCCCAGUAGGUAGACAGGCCCCAUAUCUAUCUGGGGGGCAUUAUAUGUGAGGGGCGCAUGCGGCCCAGCCUCUACCUCCAAGAUAAUUUUAGUUUGAGACCCCUGGUUUAGAUCCAAUAUAAAUGCAUUCUACAGUAUGCGUAUCUGUAUAUCCCACAUCAUUCUGCUUUGGCUGCUUGCAUGCAGUAACUGCUUGGAAUCAGCCUUGGACAUCUUGUCAUCUCUUCUGUUCAGGAAUACAUAAGGCAGCCCAUCAUAGAACAGCACUAGUACAAGUCUGCUUGUAUGCUGGAGGACCACAACCUGCUUGCCAAUUGUGUUGUUAUAAGAAAUAAAUACAAUGCGUAUAGAAAGUCUAAAUACCUUUUCACUUUUUUAAAAAUGUUAGAAAUUUGUUAGAAAUUAGAGUAGGAAAAACUAAAAUUUUGCAUGGCCAUAAGGAUUCAGACAUUUUACUCAGUACUUAGUUGAAGCACCUUUGGCAGCAUUACAGCCUACAGUCUUUUUGAGUAGUAAAGGGGUACUCUGCCCCUAGACAUCUUAACCCCUAUCCAAGGAUAGGUAAUAAGAUGUCUGAUUGGGACCCCGGCAAUCUCUCCUGCAGCCCCUAGUCAUCUGCAGUACUGAACCGAAGUUUGCUCUGUGCCAGAUGAUUCACAAUACAGGGGCCGGCGGUUUGUGACGUCACGGCCCGCCCCCUUGUGAUGUCAUGCCCCUCCCCCUUAAUGCAAGUCUAUGGGAGGGGCGUGGCCAUCUUGAUGAGACAUCUUAUCCCCUAUCCUUGCAUGGGGACCGUCAGUGGAAGCCAUUGUCAAGUCUCUCCAGAGAUAUUACAUUCGGUUCAAGUCAGAGCUCUGGCUGGACCAUCCAAGGACAUAAAUCACUCCUUUGUUGUCUUGGCUGGGUGCUUGUUUAUUUGUUUAUUUAUUUAAUUCACUGCCCAAAAAAUAAAGGGAACACUUAAACAACCCAAUGUAACUCCAAGUCAAUCACACUUCUGUGAAAUCACACUGUCCACUCAGGAAGCAACACUGAACGUCAGCCAAUUUCACAUGCUGUUGUGCAAAUGGAACAGACAACAGGUGAAAAUAAUAGGCAAUUAGCAAGACCCUCCCCCCCCCCCAAUAAAGGAGUGGUUCUGCAGGUGGUGAGCACGGACCACUUCUCAGUUCCUAUGCUUCCUGGCUGAUGUUUUGGUCACUUUUGAAUGCUGACAGCGCUUUCACUCUAGUGGUAGCAUGUGACGGAGUCUACAACCCACACAAGUGGCUCAGGUAGUGCAGCUCAUCCAGGAUGGCACAUCAAUACGAGCUGUAGCAAGAAGGUUUGCUAUGUCUGUCAGCGUAGUGUACAGAGCAUGGAGGCGCUACCAGGAGACAUCAGGAAGUCCCUGAGGAAGCCUUCACAGCGAAACAACGUUGGGGUCUGACGUGCUACAUUGGGUAUGUGUAUUGUGACGGAGUGAUUGUUCCACCUCUUAUCCGGGCAAAAUUAUCUGUUCAUGACUUCUUAGCUGGACUCCGGUGAUUUUCUGGUUACCUUGCCUCUCACCUUUUGGGUUCUUUUCAUUGCCCGGUUUUCAGGUGGAACAAUCGCCCAAUCUGCUUUUUCCUGUAUUACUUGUCUGUCACCUGGGAUAUGUGCAAUAUAUAUGAACUGUGGCCAUUGCCUUCAUGUUAAAGUGUGUAUACUGUUUACAUCUAUUGCAUGCUGCACUUUAAUAGCUGUAUAGAUUGCACCAGUCACUUUAACUACCGUAUUUAUUGGGGUAUACCACGCACCGGCCUAUAACACGCACCCUCAUUUUAC